AUGUAUUUCAAUUUAAAGGAUUUUUUUAGAAUUCAUUACCUUCCCGACAAAAACUUAGACGAAGAAAACUCAUUUACCACAUUCAACACCCAAAAUCGUCGUUCUGCUAAGGAUAAACAAGUUUUUGAGGGCCAUGAUUACAAUGAUUAUAGCAGCGGGUACUCCAAGUUAUGGCCGCCGUAUUUUACACGCUCCGAGACGGCCAGUGCAAAAGAAAAAGUCGCACUCAAAGUCCACCGACCACAUGAAGACCCCAAACUUUUCUAUCAAUCUCAGUCCUACCUUAAAGAAAUUAAUAACCAAAAUUUGGAAAAUGAAGUAGCGUCCAUUUAUCCCGGUAGAGAAGUGAUUUGGGCUGACGAAAACCAUUCUAUUCCUAAAAACUUAUUAAGAAGCGGAGAACUGAAUCACAUUUCAAGUUCAUCAUCAAUACCGUGUAUUAGAUGUCCACAUGAUAGAACACUAAUAGCCAAAAAAGGCGUAGAUCGUGUUGUUUUACAAGCACCAAAACUGACUGCAUGUUCUGGAAGUAAAGCACCUAACAACAUUCGUUUUGUCCGGAUGUACGGAUCUAAAUUUGGUACAUUAAUUCAGCAAGGCUCCCACGUCAUUCUCGGUCGCAUUAUGCACAAGAAUAAAACUCUCCAGCUUUGCAAAAUGCAGGUGCACGUUAUAAUACAAACUUGUCCAACUCCAAGAUAUUUGAUAUCCCACUGUGAUGAAAACACAAAUAUAUGUACUUUCAAAUGUAGAGUCGAGUCCUUAGAAUUGGAAGGAAAAACUGAAUUAUCUUGUGGGGAAGAUUUACAAUGGCAAGGAAAUCUUCCAGUUUGCAGGGCUCGCAAUUGGUGUCAUCCUCCAAUACCUGCAGACAAGGGUAAAAUAAGCUGCAGAGGUGCAACUCCUGGAAAGAAUAUAGGGUUAGUUGAAGGAUCACGAUGCAGAGUUCGUUGCCCCCAGGGUUGGCACUGGGACAAAGCUGUUGCAGUUUGUCGGCGUGGUGAAUGGACAAAUGUACUAAGAUGUCUUCCUAAGAGAAAAACGAUACUGUAA